AUGCCGGUGCGCCUCCCUCGCCCCACCGACGCUGCUCCUGCUCCCGCUCUCACCUGUCCGCCCGCCUGCCCGCCUCCGAGGAGGAGUCGGCGCAGACUUGCCAGGCAACGGCACGGGAUCAGCUAUGGCUUUACUGCUCAGACUAUUGAUGACAAAACCCAGUUCCCUUUUGUCUACCGGCUGGUCCCCAGGGAAGAAACACAAUACCCAGGGAUUGUCAAGUUGCUCCUGCAUUUUGGUUGGACGUGGAUCGGUCUCGUUGCUCCAGACAAUGAGAAUGGAGAAAGGUUCUUGAGUGCCAUGAGACCUCUGAUGAUCAGCAGUGGAAUUUGUGUUGCCAUAUCAAAACAGCUAUCAGAAAAGGAUCUGCACAAAAUACUCAGCGAGAGUAAGCCAUUUCUCAUAUGGAGACAAAUUAGUGUAUUUGUUUACUAUGAAAACACUCACAGGGGAUUGAUUUCAAUCAUAACACUGCAAAGAAGCUUUGAGGGGGGAAAUGGGGCAAAAGUCUGGGUCACAACAGGGUUUCAGGACAUCAACAUGAACUUGUCUGCUGGACCUGAACUCUUCCAAUACUUCCAUGGUUCUUUGUCUUUUGUAAUGAAGACCAAAAUAAGGACCAAACACGAGUACUAUGAACCAAAUGUGUAUCUUUUCCAUCUGUUUUCCAAGAAAGCAUUUAGUUGUUUAUAUUCAAAGCAUGUGUUGUCCGUGAGAGGUUGGACAAGAUGCACAGAGGAGGAGAAGCUGGAUAUGCUGCCCCAGGAGGAGGUGGAGAGUACCCUGUCUCAAGACAGCUACAGCACUUACUUCAGUGUCCAAGCCGUUGCACAUGCCUUAAAUGCAGCGUAUUCAUCUAGAUCAAAGCAGAUGUUGAUGGUGGGUGCAGGAGGCAGGUUGGAAUCUCAAAGGCUGCAGCCAUGGCAGACCGUGCCUCGCUCCAGGUGUACUGAAAGCUGUCGCCCUGGAUACAAGAAGGUGGUUCAAGAGGGAGAGCCGGUUUGCUGCUAUGCUUGCGCUCCUUGUGCGGAAGGGACAAUCUCCACUCAGGAAGAUGCAGACCAUUGCACCAAAUGUCCAGAAGAUCAAUAUCCAAACAUCGACCAAGAUCAGUGUAUCCCCAAGAUUAUCACCUUCCUGGCUUAUGAAGAACAUUUGGGGAUCAUCUUAGCUUCCAUUUCCCUGUUCUUCGCUUUAACCACAGGAAUUGUGUUAGGAAUCUUCAUUAAAUUUCUAGAAACCCCCAUAGUCAAAGCCAACAACCGGGACCUCUCCUUCAUCCUCCUCAUCUCUCUCCUGCUUUCCUUUUGGUCUUCCUUCCUGUUCAUAGGCCAGCCAAGGAAAGUGACCUGUCUUCUCAGACAAACAGCCUUCAGCAUCAUCUUCUCAGUUGCCGUCACUUCUGUGUUGGCAAAAACCAUCACUGUGGUGCUAGCCUUCCUGGCCACAAAGCCAGGGAACAGGGUGCGGAAAUGGCUGGGGAAGAGUCUGGGCAAUUCCAUUGUCAUUUCCUGUUCCACUGUCCAAGUUGUCAUCUGUACCAUCUGGUUGGGGAUCUCUCCACCCUUUCCAGACUCUGAUAUGCACUCCCAACCUGGGGGGAUCAUCCUGCAAUGCAACGAAGGGUCCAUUGCCAUGUUUUAUGGUUCCCUUGGCUACAUGGGCUUCCUGGCUGCCAUCUGCUUUACGGUGGCUUUCCUUGCCAGGAAGCUGCCUGGGGCCUUCAAUGAAGCCAAGCUGAUCACCUUCAGCAUGCUGGUCUUCUGCAGUGUUUGGGUCUCCUUUGUGCCCACCUACCUGAGCACGAAGGGGAAAUACAUGGUAGCCGUGCAGGUCUUCUCUAUUUUGGCCUCCAGUGCUGGCCUUCUGGGCUGCAUCUUCAUUCCCAAGUGCUACAUUAUUGUGCUGAGGCCUGAUCUGAAUACAAAGGAG